UCCUUAAUGCUUUGCCAGGAGUGUAAAACAGCGCUAUUAAAAGGAAAUAUCCCUGCCCUCUCCUUGGCUAACCGUACGUUUCUUGGCCCUGUUCCUGAUGCCUUGAAAGAUUUGACUGUAGUGGAAGAAGCGAUGAUUGCACGCUGCAGAGCGAAAUGUUGGGUCAUUCAUUUGCGAGACAAUGAUUCACAGUCAUCGGAUCGUGGUAUGCGUGGCCACAUCAUAAUAUACCCCCAGAGACCUGACUAUAUUGCUCAAACAUUGCCUCCUUCUUUAGAUGAUAUCAUCACUCCAAUCUGUGUCUUGUUUGUAGGAGCAUCACCUCCAUCUCAGGAUUGGCUCAAAACAAAAGCACAACCUUUGAUUGUUCGCAAAGAGAAGGUUCGAAAUGCUCUCAUCUGGUUGAAGCGACAUAACCCUCAUUACAAGAAUAUCCAGAUCAAU